CCUCAGCGUGCGUAAAAGGGGAAUUGUAUAACCAGGAGGUGCCUUUGGGAUGCGUUUAGUAGUAGGUCCUCGAUCGUUGCGUUGCUUGUCGUGUGAAUGGGGCGUUGUGGUUACAUUGUAGCGUUUUUGGUAUAUCUAAUCGUAUUGAGAUUGGUGUAAUUAUCGUAUAUAGCUUGUUGCUGCCCAACCAGAACUACUUGAUGGCUCCUGCUACUGACGCUAAAUCGAAGGCGUCUAAGACCGGUGCCGCCCUCACCAAGGGUGUGCAGGUCAAGACCCGCAAGGUCAGGAAGAAUACCACUUUCUUCAGACCUAAGACUCGUCAGACUCCCAAGGCUCCCAAGUACCCCCGUUCGGCUACUCCCACAUUGACUAAGAUGGACAAGUACCGCAUCAUCCGUUCCCCCAUGACCUCCGAGUGGGCCAUGAAGCACAUCGAGGAUCUCAACACUUUGGUCUUCCUCUGUGACAUCCAGGCCACCAAGCAGCAGAUUCGCGAUGCCGUUGAGUCUCUUUACGACAUCAAGUGCAAGAAGGUGAACACCUUGGUGCGUCACGAUGGUCUUAAGAAGGCUUAUGUCAAGUUGGCUGAUGACUUCGAUGCCCUUGAUGUUGGUAACAGGAUCGGUAUCAUCUAAUCAGCUUCGCGGAUAUCAUUAGUUCCAACGAAAUUGGGCGUGGCAGCGAACUCAGCUUGCAGCAA